GCUGCGGGGAGCGAGCCGAGGGGCGCGCGGAGAAGGCAGCAGCAGCAGCGGCGGCGAAUUUAGAAUUGGCGCCUCUGGGAACUUUCGUUUUCAGAUGCUUCAAGUGUCAUGAACAGAGAGUUGUUUGGAUUAUGUGCACCUCAGAUAGACUAAAUAAAUGAUAACAAUGGAUAAAUGCAAACACAUUGGGCAGUUGCAGCUUGCUCAAGAUCAUUCCAUCCUGAACCCAGAGAAGUGGCAUUGUGUAGACUGCCAUACGACUGAGUCGAUCUGGGCUUGCCUGAGCUGUUCCCAUGUUGCCUGUGGAAGGUACAUUGAAGAGCAUGCACUCAAGCACUUUCAAGAAAGCAGUCAUCCUGUUGCCUUUGAGGUGAAUGAGAUGUAUGUUUUUUGUUACCUUUGUGAUGAUUAUGUUCUUAAUGAUAAUGCAACUGAAGAGCUGAAGUUACUACGAAACACAUUAAGUGCAAUCAAAACUCAAAAUUAUCACUGUACCCCUCGUCGUGGAAGAGUUUUAAGGUCUGUGGGUAUGAAUGAUGAUCCUUAUUUCUUACACAAUGGCACCCAAUCUCUGCUUCAAAAUGAAGAUCAAAUGCAUACUGCUCUUUGGCACAGAAGGAGGAUACUGAUGGGUAAAAUCUUCCGAACUUGGUUUGAACAAUCACCAAUUGGAAGAAAAAGGCUAGAGGAACAAUUUCAGGAAAAAAUAGCAAAAAGAGAAGUGAAGAAAAGACACCAAGAAUUAGAGAAUCAAGUAAAAGCAGAGUUGGAAAGGACGCCUCCAAGAAAGAGUUUACGUUUGCAAGGUCCUGUGCAGUCCGCUACUAUAGAAAUAGUUCCUGUUCACACACCACUACAAACCCCAGCAUCACCAGCAAAAGAUAAAAUAGUGUCUACCUCAGAAGACGUCAGAUUUAAAAAAGCCAGUGAUUCUUCAGUUCAACGAAGGCCAAUAGUAACUCCUGGUGUAACUGGAUUGAGAAAUCUGGGAAAUACUUGCUAUAUGAAUUCUGUCCUUCAAGUGUUGAGUCAUUUACUUAUUUUUCGACAAUGUUUUUUAAAACUAGACCUGAACCGAUGGUUAGCUGUGACAGCCAGUGAUAAGACAAGAUCAUCUUAUAAGCAUCCACCCAUCACAGAUACAGUGCAUCAAAUGAGUGAGUGCCAAGAAAAAGAUACAGGCUCUGUUCACUCCAGACACCCCAGUUUUUCAUCAGGACUAAGUGGUGGGGCUUCAACGAGCAGAAAAAUGGAACUUAUUCAACCAAGGGAACCAAGUUCACAGUACAUUUCUCUCUGUCAUGAAUUGCACAUUUUGUUCCAAGUCAUGUGGUCCGGAAAGUGGGCCUUAGUCUCCCCAUUCGCUAUGCUACACUCAGUAUGGAGACUAAUUCCUGCUUUUCGUGGUUACGGACAACAAGAUGCUCAGGAAUUUCUUUGUGAACUUUUGGAUAAAAUACAAGAUGAACUAGAGACAACUGGUACCAGAUUACCAGCUCUUAUUCCCACUUCUCAGCGGAAACUUAUCAAACAGGUUCUGAAUGUUGUGAAUAACAUUUUCCAUGGGCAACUUCUCAGUCAGGUUACAUGUCUUGCAUGUGACAACAAAUCAAAUACCAUAGAACCUUUCUGGGACUUGUCACUGGAAUUUCCAGAAAGAUAUCAAUGCAGUGGAAAAGAUAAUGCUUCCCAGCCAUGUCUGGUUACUGAAAUGUUGGCCAAAUUCACAGAAACUGAAGCUUUAGAAGGAAAAAUCUACGUAUGUGACCAGUGUAACUCAAAGCGUAGAAGGUUUUCCUCAAAACCAGUUAUACUCACAGAAGCCCAAAAACAGCUGAUGAUAUGCCACCUACCUCAAGUUCUCAGACUACAUCUCAAACGAUUCAGGUGGUCAGGACGUAAUAACCGAGAGAAGAUUGGUGUUCAUGUUGGCUUUGAAGAAAUCUUAAAUAUGGAACCUUAUUGCUGCAGGGAGUCCCUGAAAUCCCUCCGGCCAGAAUGUUUUAUCUAUGACUUAUCUGCUGUAGUAAUGCACCAUGGGAAAGGCUUUGGCUCAGGACACUACACUGCCUACUGCUAUAAUUCUGAAGGAGGGUUCUGGGUACACUGCAAUGAUUCCAAGCUAAGCAUGUGCACUAUGGAUGAAGUAUGCAAGGCCCAAGCUUAUAUCUUGUUUUAUACCCAGCGAAUUACCGAGAAUGGACAUUCUAAACUCUUGCCUCCCGAACUCCUGUCUGGCAGCCAACAUUCCAGUGAAGAAGCUGAUACCUCUUCUAAUGAAAUCCUUAGCUGAUUCAAAGACAGUGGGGCUUUCUUGUGAUUUGUAUAUAUACUUUUUAAAAGGGCUGACUUAUAAUUUUAGCUUGUUUUUAUUUUUUACUUAUGAAUCAGUGCACACUAUGUUUAUAUAUUUUUGUAUCUAACUACAGCAAAAUUCUUUUUAUGGAGACAAAGCAUAAAUACAUGUAUAUCAACAGGUAAUGACACCUUUUUCAAGUACUUGGAGUUUUCAAUUUUUAGCAUUUACCUCAGACCUGUGUUACCUCUUUUAUAUUUUGAUGUCUUAAUUGGCUCAUAUCAUGAAUUUGUGCAAUCUCCUGAAGUUCAGAAUGCAACAUUUUAUACAUUUCUUAUUUAUCUUUUAUAGCUAUUUUCUAUAUAAAUUUUUAUUAGAUGGAAAAAUUAGAC